AUGGACUUUGUGGACAAGGAGAAACUGAGAGACAAUGUAACCUCCUUGGUGGCUUUCCGUGACAAUGUCCAGUCUGUUGUCAAUGAGCUGGAGGAGAUGUGCAGAAACACAGAGGAAAACUAUAGGACUCAGAAACAGAGUGUGUGUGACAAAUUCAGCAACAUGCUUUCUAUUCUGGAGCACCAACACAAGGUAAUGAUCCAACAAAUCAGCUCUGAAGAGGAACAGAAGUUAAGUGAAACCCAGAUGUUGAUUCGUUGCUGUGGUGAGAGCGUGGAGGCCAACAGGAGACUGUUGGAGAGCGCCGAGAGCAGCAUGGAUGACAUGGAGAUGGCUGCUUUUGUGAAGAGUUCAAGAAAGCUGAUCACAACAGUGAUGGCAGCUUCCAGCUCCUGUCCAGCAGAGACACUGAAACCAAGUUUUGAACAUAAAAGCUUUUACAAAAUUAAUUUCAGCAGACAAGAGAAAGCUUUAAAGAGCAUUGAUUUCAUCAAAGUUGUGGAGGAUGUCCCCGAAGAACUAGAAGGCAGUCCAGAGCCAGAAGAACCCAAGGUGUCCUUAAUCCAGAGCACAGAACUGGAACAGUAUCAAGAACCUUCAGUAAAGGACCUGGACAUUGCAGAGGAACCAGCUCAGGAGUGGAUUCCUGCACCUUUAUGUCCACUAGUGAAACCAGUACAGCCAACAGAACAAAAAGUAGCAUCAGUCCCUGCAGUUCUACCUGUAGAGAGAGACACUGACACUGUUGAGUCUGACUGGGAACUUAUGCAGCUGGACACUCAUGAGCCAGACUCAAAUGUUGAAGAACCAGGUCAUAUUAAUGUGGAAACGAGGGAGGAGACCAAAAAAGCAGUGGAGGCACCAUAUCCCAUAAAAGUGGGAAACAGCAGUGACAACCAGGAAGGAAUAAGCAUGCAGCAGGCUGUCAUGCUGUUCUUCUACCUGGUGGCCUUCCUGGUCAUCCUGCAGAGGAUUUGGGCUUACAUUGGCUGUUUCAUUUGUGCAUAG